UGAUACAAAUGAAGUGGAUAUCCCACCAAACACCAGAGUCGGAACAAAACGUUACAUGCCUCCAGAGGUGCUGGAUGAAAGUUUGAAUCGAAAUCACUUUCAAUCAUAUAUUAUGGCUGAUAUGUACAGUUUUGGGCUCAUCCUUUGGGAAAUAGCAAGGAGAUGUGUUUCAGGAGGUAUUGUUGAAGAAUACCAGCUUCCCUAUCAUGAUCUUGUUUCCAGUGACCCUUCAUAUGAAGACAUGAGAGAAAUAGUAUGUAUCAAGAAAUUACGGCCUUCAUUUCCCAAUAGGUGGAGCAGCGAUGAGUGUCUAAGACAAAUGGGGAAAUUAAUGACUGAAUGUUGGGCUCACAACCCUGCUUCUCGGCUCACCGCCCUGCGAGUAAAGAAAACACUUGCCAAAAUGUCAGAGUCGCAGGACAUUAAGCUUUGAUUCAGCUAACAAAAGCUAAAGCUCGGAGAAAAUGGACUUUCCUUCAUGUUUCAAAGAGACAGGAAGAAGAAUUAUGCCUUCAGUAAUAUGAACCUUGAAUGCAGAUUUUGGCAAAGCAUUUGCACACUGGGGCAGAAACCUUUCCAGGGGAAAGAAAUGUGGCUCAAUCAAGAAUUUUUGGUUCCUGUAUGACCAGACAAGAAGACUUUUAGCCUCUUUGGAGAUUGAUGCAAGAAAAUGUAUUGAUAACUGUUUCCAGACUAUGCAUGCUGCUUUCUGUGAAAGCCUUUAUUAUUAAUAUUAUUAUUAAUAUUUGGAUUGUUUAAUUUUCAUGGGAAUGAACCAUUGCAGUUACAAAGUACGAGGAAAGAAUUAUUUUUUAACACUAAAAGAAAUACAAACAGCAUCCAAAGUCCCAUUAUUUCCUACCAAUAGAAAAGUUUAUUGCACUCUUAAGAUGACCCAAGCCUGCCGGGUGAUGAACGAAUAAAAGAACUCCAAUAGAAACAACGUGCAAUUAUCUAGGCAUAAUAUGAAUGUUAGCUUGUUAUGUAGCUACACCUGAGGAAAGGCUCACACAUCUGAGGAAGGUUGCUGAAAUUGCAGCUAAGCAGUGCCUUGAAUACAGAAGAUAUUCUCAUGCAGUUCCUGUGCAUAACCUUUAACCUUUUACAUUCCUGAAACUUGCAGGAGCGUGUCAUCAAAGCAGAUUUUUUCUUGGCCAAUUCUAAAUUGUGAUACUUGUAGAAACACGGGCUUUGGUCAGACCCAUAGGGUGUAUCCUCUGCGUAGGUCUCAUGGAAAUAUGGGAGUGGUAUCAGGAUAUAGUUGUUUACUUAAUGGGGCUCAUACAAGGUAUUUUGACAGAGGACUGUGCCUUUGGGGGCUAUUUAAUUAUUUUUUGGCAUUUUACACUCAGUAUUUUGAAAGGAAUGUAUUCCAGAACAUUUGUUAAAGGUUGAACCUGUAUAUUCUCACUAGCAUUUCAUCUGCCAUCAAAGUCAAUGGUAAAUGAAGCUGUUCCCAAAAUUGCAUUAAAAAUUUUUUGCCUUAAGGUAACUGAGUUAAAAUAAACUGUGUUGAUGGAAAAGUUUUAAGAUUUAUCUGAACAUGGAAAUUAUAACUGAAGGAUAAAAAGUCUGCAGAAUGUUUUAGAUUCAUAAACUAAACAUAGAUUUGGGGAAAAAUCUGGUUAAUUGCAGGGUAGUUUUUAAAAUACAUUCUCAGCUUAAUUAACAGAAAAUUCAGGUGUUUUAAUGUGAAGGAAGUUGUGUGUACUGAUGACUUAGCAGGAUGCUUCAUUGUGGUCCAGAUUCUCAUUGGAAUUCUAGAGAAGAGUUAAGGAACUUUGAUCCUUUUAUUGUUUUUUUUUUUAAAUAUAUAAAUUGGACAAAGGCAAUCCCAUACCCAGGAUCCCAUAAUUCAGAUGAAAAAGGAUAAACUCAUUUAAGAUUUUGAGCCACGAUGCAGAAAACUGCAUAUUUCAGAAUUCCUGUGGUAUUUUCUCUCAGUUUUGCAUCUUUAAACAAAUUUUGACAGUUUCAGUAUAUUGUCUUGAAAUAGUUUCAAAAAUAGUUUUGAAAAUGCAUCUCUUGGUUUGCUUCAGAAUCUGUAUUUUCCCUUUUGAUGAACUAUCUUAAAUAAGAAACAUGCAAAACGAUAAUAGCUAUAAAUGGGGUACAUAUACAAAUGAUCGAUCUUUGUGUUCUGGUUUUGUCCCCCCCCCAAAUAUUUCCUAUGUGCAUAUUAAUCUUGAUGUAAUUUUUUUUUAAAACAAUUGGUCUGUAGAAUAAUUUGAAUCUGAGGUUCAGAAACAGAGUUAUUGACUGGGUUUUGCAGAACAGAUUGGGAAAUAUAGAUUUGAGGAGCUAAGAUUUUUUGCUAUGUCUUUCACUGAAAGACAUUUAAAACUAGGAGGCACCAUGCAUUUUCUCAUUCUAAAAGCAAUGUAUUAAAUAGGACAUUUUGGAAACCAAUCCUCUUCCUCUAUCCCUGAAAUUGGUGGAAUUCUACAGGUCAGAUAACUGCUGGACUUCCUUUCUCUUUGUAAGAUGUGUGGAUGUAAGAAUGAGAGUAAUGUAAACUUAUCUUGGCAGAAAUGAUUGGAAUGGGAGCAAAUAUAAAUGAUAGUUUGAAAUUAUUUCCAACACUGAAUUUCAGAGAAGAAUACUGACGUAUUUGGAUGGA